UAUAUACCUAUCGCUAUUGCUUGAUUUGCUUCCCCGCUUUUCAUCAUUACUGACAGAAGAAGAGUGAGGUUUUUCAGUUUGCUACUACGUCGUUGUAGAAUUAGAAACUGCGCCGACAUGCCGCGUUUUUCUAAAGCGGCUAGUCAAUUUCUGACUGACGUUGCAAAGGGUCUCGAGAAAGAUGGUCAUGUACCGUUCAGCUGUGAAGAUCUGCCCUCCAAGUUCGAGGGGGCAGUGGCUGUCCUACCGGAGGGCCAACUCAAGGACGAGUUGAUAAAGAAGCUGGAUGCAUGCAUCUCUCUUCUCAGGACUGAGUUGAAAGGAAAGUUUUUCUCCAUCCCUGUUCCUGAGAAAUCGAAUUGGACACUGCAUAGACCUGAUGGUAUAUCACAAGCCCUAUCAAAUCUAACAGCACACGACCAGUUAGAAUAUGCUGCCAUACUGGCCACUAGACCAGGGCAAGCGCAAGCUAAACUUGUCUUGGGUGACUUUCUCCAGAAAGCAGGUUUGCUCAUUGAUUGUACAGAUGGCACACAGGUGGGGCUAGUACUGAAGUCUUUCUCUCUCUUGUCAGUGGUGGAGUGUCUGUCUCAUGACAUCCUGGCGUCGUUAUGGAAGUUUCUCAAUGAUCAACUUGGCACGGCAGAAUCAAUAUCAAAUAACUAUGGCUGUGUUGCUAAACCCCUAGAAAAUAUCCUGCUGGGUGCCACUCUGAAGCGAAAAGAAGAAAUAGAGACUGCUGCCAAGGAGACUAGGAAGAGUAAGAAGAGGAAAGCCGAAGAUUCGUCUUACUUCGAUGUCAUUGCCGCAUGUACAGCAUGGCUGCUGGAAGCCCACAUCGUCAUGUACAACUGCGGUGAGAAGCGGGAUUCCCUUGAUACUGUACAGUUCCUGAACAUAGUCAUAGGUGAAACAUGUCCAUAUCACCUGCUGGAUGUCUUCCUGCAAAUUUCCGUACCUCCAGCGUCACCGGAGUGCUUCAACUUUCUUCUGCCAUUGCUUGUGUGGGCAUGUGACAUGAGUCGUUCCGUGACUUCAGCCGCAAAUUAUGUCAAAUUUUUGGCCUGCAAUCGUGUUGGCAUACAUUUGUCUAAGGCCUGUGGUGUUCCAGAGCUCUCUACUCUCUGGGCUGAGUUCAGAAAGAUUGGCCUCUCAGUUCAACCACCUCCAGACUUGGCAGAGUGGUUGCAUCAAAGAUGUAGCAGCUCAUUGUUGGAGUCACUAGCACUGGAUAGUCGAUGGUCAGUCUUCCAGCUAUCCAUGCAUCUACUCUUGUAUGCGGAUAACGACAAUAUGGACUCUUUGCUAGAUGUAGUUGCUGGCCAUGCUCGCAGCCAGUAUGCAGCAGCAGCAUCACAGGCUGAUGAUGCAGCUGAUGGUACCGCUGCUGCACUGACUGCAAGUGCCGAUGAAGCUGGCUUAGCUGAUGGGUUUGUUAUUGAUGCGGCGGCAUCAAACACCUCGGCUAUGCAAGAUGAGUUUUCACCUGUCGACGUUUCUAUGGAUAGUGACUGCAGUGAAGAUGAUGACAUCAUCGCUGACAGUGAUGAUGAAGAUGAUGGUGAGAUACAGUGAAGUGGAAGGUGUUGCAGAGGCUGCACAAACUACUUCGAGUAGUAUCCCAUAUCAACCAACAGUCCUGAUCCACAAGGCACCAGGAUCGUGAGGACCACCCAAAGUUCCAAGCUUGCCCAGACACGUUGUAUGUUGUGUUGUACGCCUGUAUGUAUGCAGUGAUUGGACCCAACAUGCAUCGCUCAACACUGCAUGUGUCCAGUGCUGUCGGCUGUAGACAGGUGCAGUACAUCAUGCAUAACGCAUGUGACCUCCAGUAUGCGAGACUGCCAGCAGCAGUACAUCAUGCUUAAGUGCGUGUUACCAUGGUGACCUGUACGAGACUGAGAGUCGGUGUGUAAACCACCAUGUCUAGUCUCAUAUUCCAAAUCUAAAACUUUGAGAGCGUAAUCAAAAAGUUUCAAACUUUCAUCCCGGCAGUAUUUCCAGCCUGCACACACCUAUAAUAAUUAUAGGUCAGACUCUAUUCUAAUCUUUUUCUUCUCCUCCACUAAUCUGUCUUCUUUGUGAGAUGUUCUCAGUGGAGUGGUCGUACGAUCGUGUGGAAGUGUAUACCCAUGAACGCUUCUUUGUAGUCUCUGCUUUGCUUGGUUGAGUUUUGACAGUUUCCAUUGCGUUGCUCCACAUCCCACUGCCUCUUAGCACUAUUGGCUGCCUACAGUGCACUAGUGCCGCACCUCUCUGCUAUGUGAAUACAGUGCCGCACCUCUCUGCUAUGUGAAAGUUCGCGCUGGAAUUACGUGCUCCACUUCAGUGCUGCACCUCUCUGCUAUGUGCUCCACUUCAGUGGUUACGGUGCAAAACACAUGAACACUAAUUCCACUUGGAUUGCCACGUUGCUUUCCCGCUAGUUUCAUUCUGCGCUGCCCAAGCUAGCGAGUUAGCACUGAGUGCUCUUGUUUACCCUGUGAAAUUCAGUGCCGAGUUUCAGUGCUAAAUAUAUUUUCCUCAUUAGCUGGUUUUAGCACGUUAUAUUCCCCCUUCUUUAUAGGUUGAAUAUCGUGUGAACUGUGAAAGUUUAACGCUCCA